AUGACAUCGGGAGAUCCUGCGGCUUUUAUUCAGCUGCAAGAGCAGAUUGUAACAGUGAAACAGGUGUUCAGCAGUGCUCUGGCGAAGGAACUUAACCUCGUUGAGGUUCAGGCCCCACUUCUCGCGUGUUGUGGCGACGGAACACAGGAUAAUCUUUCCGGUACCGAAAAGGCUGUGCAGGUGCAUGUAAAAGGAAUUCCAGACUCAAAAUUUGAGGUGGUGCACUCACUUGCCAAAUGGAAGCGACAAACACUUGGGGACCACAAGUUUCCUGUUGGCCAGGGAAUUUAUGUCCACAUGAAAGCGCUUCGCGUGGAAGAAGAGCUUGACACGACACAUUCCGUCUUUGUGGAUCAAUGGGACUGGGAAUUGGUGAUGCCACCGCAAGAGCGUAAUUUAACAUUUUUGAAGAACACAGUUCAGCGUCUUUACGCGGCGAUUCGCCAGACGGAAGAGGCUAUUUGUUCCAAAUACAAUUUGGACCGUGUGCUUCCAGCCAACAUUCAGUUCUUACACGCCGAGCAUCUUUUGAAGAUGUACCCUGAAAUGAAUAUGAAGGAACGUGAACGCGCCAUUGUGAAAAAGUACGGUGCUGUUUUUCUUAUUGGCAUCGGUGGCAAUCUGACCAGCGGUGAACCGCACGAUCUACGAGCACCCGACUAUGAUGACUGGUCUUCACCUGUUUCUGCGGCAGAUAUCACAUUCCCUUGUGGGGAUCCAACAAUGAAUUCUCUGGCCUCACUUCCUGGACUCAAUGGUGACAUCCUUGUGUACAACCCUGUCCUUGAUGACGUACUGGAGCUGAGCAGCAUGGGGAUUCGCGUGGAUGCUGAAACACUUCGACGCCAGCUUACCCUGUUGUCCAACGAGGACCGUCUCGGGUACGUGUGGCACAAGCGGCUGCUUGCCGGUGAAUUCCCGCAGACUAUUGGAGGCGGUAUUGGUCAGAGUCGUCUGCUGAUGCUGUUGCUUAAAAAGAAGCAUAUUGGGGAGGUGCAGUGCAGUGUGUGGCCGAAGGAAAUGCGCCAGAAUUAUCCCUUGCUGUGA